CUUAAUAGUGAACAGCACAGAGUAACACAACAACUCGACUAUUGGCUUCACAAGUAGCCUAUGUGACGACGAGGCAAGGCAUCAUAUCAUAAUUAUAUAUGGCAAUAUCAAUACUGUCACCGUGCAAGUGACAUAGUCCAAUAAUGUUUGAUAAUUCGCAAUAUCCUUAUAACUGUUUCAAUUAUGACGGAGAUGGAUAUCCCACUUGUAGUACUGAGGAAGAGAAGAAAAUGUGCCGACCUGCUUACAGUUACAUCGCACUUAUCGCAAUGGCCAUUCAGCAGAGCCCAGAGAACAGAGUCACUUUAUCGGGCAUAUAUGAGUUCAUCAUGAAGAGGUUUCCUUACUACAGAUCUAACCAGAGGGCAUGGCAAAACUCUAUUCGACACAACCUGUCCCUAAAUAGCUGUUUUAUAAAGGUUCCCAGGACGGAGGGCAAUGAGAAGGGGAAAGGUAACUACUGGACAUUUGCGGCAGGUUGUGAAUCCAUGCUGGACCUCUUUGAGAACGGCAACUUUCGGCGUCGCCGGCGCCGCCGCAACGUGAAGAUGGGCUUUCGGGAGCCGGCCGAGCCCUUCUUACAAGUGACCGGCCCCGGAGCCACGGCCAGGCAGCUGGACCCCGAGCCCUUCUAUCCCAUGGACCCCGGCCACAGACAGGCCCAGCUCAACCCGGCCCUGGGGAAACCGGACUCCGAGAUCAAGUUCAGCAUCGACUACAUCCUCUCUACCCCAGACCCCCUCCCUGGCUUCAGGCCCCCUCUCUGCAGCGCUCCAGGAGCCUCAGUUCACCUUCUGGAGCCCCAGCACCUCAAUCUGCACUUCUGGACAAUGUGACUCUAACUGCAGUUUGGGUGUCCCCAUAUGUUUUUUAAAGGGGAACAGACCACUGGAGCCAACUCAGUCUGUUCAUCCUAAAGAUUCAAUUUCCAUGGGGAAUAUUAUUGGUUCCUGAGAAAACAAUAGAGAAUUAUAGUAUGGAAUUUCUCACCGUGUACCUAAAACAAGUUCUAAGUCUACGUCUCACAAAAACAUAUUUCUGCUUGCUGCCUUUUUGUGUCAGGGAGGCUUAUGCAUAUGAAAUGUGACUGUAAAAUGAUGUUUAGUUGAGGCUGGCUGUGAAUGAACAGGAAAUCAGAAUCACUUCUGUGGCUAAGGCAGACUUGGCACGUUAGGGCAUUGCGAUCAUUCUAAACCAAUAUUAUCCCCAUCUGCUUUUAAAAUUCUACUUAUGUAGUUUGUCGGAUAUAAAAAGAAAAGAAUAGCACCAUUUCAAAGCACAUGUAUGAGUAGGGACAAUAAUAGACGUAAGAAUGAAAGGGCAAAUGGUCUGCCACAAAGAUAUUUUGCUGCUACUCACAUAUUCGCAUAUUCACAUAUUCACCGGGUGACUUUCCCAUUUUGGAUAUGCAACUCUUUCCUAAAGUGGAAAAAAGAGAACCCAAAGCUUGGGAAGAGUGGCUACAUCAGUGAUGAGAUGGGGUAUUGUAAAACAACAAGUAAAACAAUCCCAAAUGACGGUCAAGAGAAGGGGAAAAAAUCCACCAGUAGAUGGCCUUUAAUGUGGGAAUGGACAAUGUUCUUUAAUGAGCUCCCAGGAAUUCAAUGUGCUUUUUUUCAAUAUUUGAGGCAAUGUUGCCAUCAUCAUAGCCCCAUCAGUUCACUGUUCUGGAACCUGCAUGAUGUACAGAUAUUUAAAGCUCAACAUUUAGCCAAAUAGGUGUAUAUUAUCAACUAACAAGCAGUUUCAGUGAUGGAGAAUCAAUGUU